GUUAACAAGCCUGGGCUAUAAUGUGAACCAGGAAUGUCCGACCGUUAGUGAGAAGAAGAGCGUCUCUCCCGUCAGUCUCUGGGCUGGUGUGAGGGGUUAACAUCACAGUAGUAUUGGAUAUCGCUUUACCUUCCACAUUCCAGAUUUGAUCCCCCUUUUUUAAUUUACAGAAUGCUGCAACCAUCAGAGGGGCUUUGUAUUUGGAUUUAAACCAUGGAGAAUCUUCUGCUGGACACAUUUUUAUUUUUCUUUAAACUCCUGACUCCCCUUUGAAACAUUUGGUGAAUCCUUUCAGUCUGUUUCUCAUGCAACACUGCUUUUUACAAGGUUGCAUUGGUCAGAACAGCACUGCACAUAAAUAUUUUUAUUCGUGAGGAGAAUUUAUGAGCUGCUCAGUUGCUCCACUGUUUUCACCAAACCAACCCGUCAGCACAGUCAAUGAGGAUGUUUCAUUUUUAUGUUUCAAACUAUCUGAUGUUAUUUGCUGCUUUGUGGAGCCUCAGCUACCCUGGAUUCCUUGCCGCUGGAAGCAAGCAAAAGGACCCCAAUGUAAGAGACUGGGGAGACUAUUCAGACCUCCCUCCGGGAAUUGAACAUGGACUGGGGCUGGGAGAGGACAGAGAGAAUGACUACAACAGGGGAGUUGGAGAAUCGUCCUCAUCUCCACAGCUGGAUUUCCUUGCUGGCUUUGCAGGUAAAAAGCGGCUGUGGGUGAUAACAGCACCAUCACACAAUGACCACUACCUUCAAAUGAUGGAGAAACAGCUGGAAGAUGCUGAACAGAAAGCCCUGAACUGCCGUCUGGCAGAAAGAGACACCUUCAUCAUAACUAUAAUCCAAAAUGCCAUGAUGGAAGGUCGCAUCCAGAAAACGACUGUUCAAGGUGACGCCACAGUGGAGAACCUUGACCCUGACACAGUGACCAAGCUGCUUCACUACCUGGACCUUACUAACCAAGAUCAAACUUUCAGCAUGCUGGUUAUGAGGAAGAAUCUUCGGGUCAGCGAGCGUUUCCCUUAUCCGGUCCGUGUGGAGGCAAUUCUGGAACUCAUUGAUCAAUUCCCCAUGAGGAGGCUAGAGAAGAUGACCAAAAAAGGAUCUCAAUUUAGGUGUAAAAGCACAAAAAAGAAGGUUGUGGUGAAAAGAAAAAAGAGGAUGAAGAAGGUGAUGCUGAGCCCCCAGAGGCAAGGAAAUGUGACCUAUGUGGUGCCCCCGCAAAGGAAAUCUCCUCUGGACAAAAAAGCAGCUCUGAAGAGUAAGAUCCAGGACAUACUGAGUGGGCGGUCAAGGUUUGUUAUCCGUAAGAAGUUGCCUUCUGAAACUAAAAAAGAUAAGGAGUCAAGCAAUGACUGGGACACCUCUAAAGUGCUGAGUCGUCCAUCAGCUGCAAGGAGCAGUAAAGAAGGAGAGAAAGCUAGGCCUCACUCCACUGUGGAAGACAAAAAGAAAAUACAUGGAGGGCAAAAGACUGAAGAUAAAGUAGAACCAAAUGUACGGGUUGACAAGCAGAACAAAAAGAGCUCUAAGAAAAAGAGCAAAGGGAAGAAAGGCAAGAAAGGGAAAGGAAGAGGGAGAAAGUCCAGCAGAGAUGUAAGUGAGGAGGAUAAAACAUCCCUGAAGAAGUUUUUGGACAGUUUAAGAGGAUCCAGGAGGUUGAUGCUGAUCUCCACGCCCAGCAGAGAUGCAACGCUGUACAGCCAGCUGAUGGAGGAGAGCAAGAAAAAACACUGUGAACUUGCAAUCAGGAAGAUCACCGUGGCAACCGCUGUGGGUGAAGGAAGUGAGGCCACAGUCUUGCUGCAACACUAUCAGCUCGAGUCCGAUCUUCCUCUCAGCGACCAAUCAGAGCAGACCUUAGACCCGGGACUGAUCCAUCUGCUGCGGGCGGAGUUCGGCAUGUCAUCUCCUGACCUCUUUUCAAUGACCGUCACAGAUUACGACAUGAAGCCAAAUAGAGUCUUUGAAGCUCCUCCAUCAAGCCUAGCGUUGUUUGAGUACAUUGAUAAAUUUCCUUCAAGGUACUCAGAGAAAGAAAAGGAAAGGAAGAAUCCUUCGGUCUGUGCACAACCUGUCGUUGAGAACUCGCUCGUCAGGUUCAUGUCGAAGAGGAGGCUGCUGGUGAUUUCUGCUCCCUCCGAGCACGACUACUCAUUCCAGCAGCAGCUCUCCGCGCUAUCCGGGCAGGAGUGUUACCUCGGGAUUCGUCACUUUGCCAUGUUAAAGCUGUCCGGAAAUGGGAAAAAAGCAUCAGGAACUGUGGAGCUGUUUCCACUAAACGGCCGUAGUCAGAGUAAAGUUGAGCUGUUAUCCCGUGAUAUGGUCAACAAUGUGAGGGAACAGCUGAAGAUCAGUGAGGACUAUUUCAGUAUGCUGGUUGUGGGAAAGGAUGGUGACGUCAAGGCUUGGUUCCCAUCACCCAUGUGGUCCCUGGAUAACAUCUACGACCUGGUGGACUCCAUGGAGCUUCGUCUCCAGGAAGAGAAGCUCCAGAAGAGACUUGGGAUCCACUGCCCUGAAGACAGAGGAAGAGGAGGAAGAGGAGGCAUUGAGGCGGGACACUAUCCUGGGUAUGAUGAAGACGGAGCAGAGGAGACGUAUUCUUAUCACCAAUCACAGAAAUAACAAGAGACAAGUGAUAAACCCCGACCUCAAACAGACAUCAUAAGAAAAAGUAUUAAAAAAAUCUUAACAGAUGAAGUUGAAGUAUGUUUUGGAUUCUACAGUUAAAGACAGAAUAUUUGCAGAGUAAAUACAAAAAAACACAUGGGAAGUUACACAUGGAGUAAAAUAAUGGUUUCACUGUAAGAACGCCUUAGUGAAAGCAUAUGUGCACCCCUUUAACUGCAGAAAAACUGCUGGUCUGUUAUGAUUGAGACAAGAAAAAAGGUUUGUUCAAGGCCGAGCGGGUUGUGCUGUCUGGCAAGUCUUCUGUCCAAUAUAUCUCAAACACAUUCACUGUUUGGCUAAAACAUUCCUUUCUAUUCUAUUCCCUUCUAUGAAGU